AUGGACGCGGCGAUAAGGACCGGCUUUGCUCGCUUCUUCCUCUGGGCCCUUCUCGUCUGCCAGAUCCAGGCAUUCUACAUCCCUGGCUGGUCCAUCAAGAGCUACAAAGAACACGAGCAGAUCCCUUUGCUGGUCAACAAGGUAUACUCAGACAACACCCAAUUACAAUAUGCCUACUAUGACUUGCCCUUCGUCUGUCCCCCCAGCGGCCACCAUAGUGCCGGCUCCGGUCUCCUCAGCGGCCAGAGCAUCCCCCUCAACCUAGGAGAGGUUCUCCGAGGCGACCGGAUCAUCGUAUCCGACAUUGAGCUCUCCAUGCUGCAGGACAAGGAGUGCAACUUCCUCUGCAACAAGGAGAUCAGCAGAAAGGACUUGAAACGUGCGCGGGAGCUGGUCUCGGAUGGCUACGUGGUUGAAUGGAUCGUGGAUAACCUCCCCGGCGCUACCAGCUUCGUCACCGUGGACAAGUCGCGUAAGUAUUACGCUGCCGGCUUCAAACUAGGCUUCACGGACCAGUCCUCUGGCAAGCCCCGGUACUACUUGAACAACCACCACACGAUCGUUAUCCGCUACCGAAGCGCUCCCGGAAAGGCCGGAGAGAAGGGCGGCAAAGUCGUUGUUGGCUUUGAGAUGUACACCAAGAGCGUCGGUCCCAACAUCAAAAGGGACGAGGGCGGCUGUCCUGUAGACUUGCAUGGUGUUGAGGAGAGCUUUGAGCUCUUCAUGAGGCCCAACAGGACUGAGUCUGAUCAGGACCUAGAUGUCCAGUAUGCGCAUUCUUCCUACCGACCGGAACAGGAGGAAGAGACCAAUGAUGAUGCCACCAUGACCAUUCCCUACACCUACUCUGUCUAUUUCCGCGAGGACAAGACGAUCGAGUGGAACCGGCGCUGGGACUUGUACUUCGUCAACCAGGAGGAGGGUUCCAAGAUACAUUGGCUCGCCAUUAUCAACUCUCUCAUCAUCUGCGGACUUCUCACGGGUAUUGUCAUGAUGAUCUUGGCAAAGACCAUCCGAACGGAUAUCAAGGGAGGCAAGAACAGUCAUGCAGAGGACGGUAAGCUCAGCUUCAAGCGAAAGGUCAAGAGCGGCUCAAGAACACCCAAAUUAUCUGAGAAGGCGCCGGGACUGCUCGAACAGCCAGUUGAUGCUGACGAAGCUGAUGCUUCUUCCGAUGAUGAGGCUUUGGAGGAUAUCACGGGUUGGAAACUGCUACAUGCCGAUGUCUUCCGUGCCCCCAGAUUCGGCCGCGUAUUGGCACCUCUGGUCGGCUCUGGUAUGCAGCUCUUAUUCAUGGCUGUCGGUCUCGUGGCUCUGAGUGCUAUUGGCAUUCUAAACCCCAGCUACAGAGGCGGUUUCAUUAGCUUUGGCGUAGGUCUCUUCGUCUUUGCAGGCCUAUUCUCCGGCUACUACUCGGCGAGAGUCUACAAGACCUUUGAUGGCCAGAACUGGAGACGCAACGCGAUCGAGACCGCCUUACUGUUCCCCGGCUUGACAUUCGGUUUGGUCUUCCUCCUAAACCUCUUUGUCUGGGCCCAGGCCUCCAGCACGGCCAUCCCCUUCGGAACACUGGUUGCUAUUCUAUUCUUGUGGCUUUGCAUCCAGGUUCCCCUCGUGUAUGUGGGCUCGUGGUACGGUUACAUCCGGGUUGGUGCAUGGGAGCACCCGACCAAGACAACUGCGAUCCCCCGACAGAUCCCCCAGCAGGCGUGGUACAUCAAGGGAACCCGGUCGAUUCUCAUUGCCGGUCUCAUCCCAUUCGCGGUCAUCUUCAUUGAGCUCCUCUUCGUCUUUCAGUCUAUGUGGCAGGACAAGAGCGGCUACUAUUACGUCUUCGGCUUCCUGGGAGUUGUGUCGGCUAUCCUUAUCAUCACUGUCGCCGAAGUAACGAUCGUCACGAUCUACAUUCAGCUCUGCUCCGAGAACUACCGCUGGUGGUGGCAGUCCUUCCUGGUCGGUGGUGGAAGCUCCGUCUGGGUCUUCCUGUACUGCGUGUGGUACUACUUCGUCAAGCUGCACAUCACGGGCUUUGUCAGCAGCAUGCUGUUCUUCUGCUACAGCUUCCUGGCUUGCCUCGUGUAUGGCUUGCUCACGGGCACGGUGGGCUUCUUGAGCGCCUAUGCUUUUGUCAGGAGGAUAUACGGAGCUAUCAAGGCGGACUAA